AUGGCCAAUCCUACAGAAAAACGCUUCCACCAGCUGACUUUAGCCAUCCAGAAGGCGAUAAAUUCAAUCGAGACUCCCGUUAAAGAGAAACAUGUACGGAGCACGAUCAUCGGUACUUUUCAAGAGCAGAGUGCAGUCACCUACUGGAUGGUGGCGAUUAGGCUACCACUCCAAGAUAAUAGGAUCGUAUCGUGGAAGUUCUGCCACGUGACGCACAAGCUGCUCCGGGAGGGGCACCCAGCCUGCCUCGAUGACUCGCAACGGCAUAUUAAUAUGAUCGAAAAUCUGGGCAAAUUGUGGGUCCACCUUCGCGAAGGCUAUGGAAGAUUAAUACACUUAUACUGCAACUUGUUGGUAACUAAGUUAAAAUUUCACGCCCGCAAUCCACGUUUUCCCGGAAACAUGCAGUUGACUGUUGACGAGUUGGAUGCCAUCGCUGAAAACGACGUCAACAACUAUUUUCAACUAUGCGUGGAAUUGUUUGAUUACAUGGAAGAUAUACUCUAUUUGCAAGCUGCAGUGUUCGACAGCCUGGGCAACGCACGCGCCAACUCCAUGACGGCGAGCGGGCAGUGCCGGCUGGCGGCGCUCAUCCCGUGCGCGCAGGACUCGUCGCACAUCUACGACUGCAGCGUGCGCCUGCUGUUCCGCCUGCACGCCGCGCUGCCGCCCGACGUGCUGGCCGGCCACCGCGAGAGAUUUCGGCAGCAAUUCAAGAAAUUAAGCUCAUUUUAUAAACACGCGAGCAGUCUUCAAUACUAUCGUAAUCUGUUAACGCUGCCAGUUUUGCCUGCGAAUCCGCCAAACUUUUUGUUACAGAGCGACUUCGGCACUUACGUGACCCCAGUGGUAUCUAUACCCGAACAGCCUCCGGAUGAAGUGGAUGCAGUAGGAUCCCUUAUCGACACCUCCGAUACCCUUAGUCAAAGUACGAGCCCCGAGCAAAUGGUGGAGUCCCGCUCAUCUCCCGCACCCGACCCCAUACUGGAGCGAGAUCGUCUCAUCGAUCAUCUUCAAAAUGAACUUAAGAGGAUGAGGACGGAGGUGUCUCAGAUAAUACAAGAGCGGAACACCAUGCUGGGCUCCAUGAGGGAGAACUGUACUAGGAUGGAGUCGCAGCUGCGUGCUACUAAAAACGAGCUUGAAGAAGAGAAACAAAAAGCAGAACUUUUAUUAGUUGAAACACCGGAAAUAAAAAAAAAACUCUCACAGACUGAGGAAAGAGCGAAGCUGUUAGAUGAGAAAUUUCAGAAGUUGAAGAGUGCGUACACACAACUACGAGAGGAACACAUCACAUUAAUAAGACAGAAAGCUGAGGUCAAUAAACAGACAUCAAGUUUAAGGGCAGCAGCGGCUCAACACGAGAGUGCAAAAACAAUGUUACAACAGCAGCUGAAUGAUCGAAUGAAAGAUGUCGAACUACUGCAACAAAGCGCUUCAUCGAGCGAAGAGAUCGAAGCUUACAAAUCGGAAUUAACGAAUCUUCGAAGUGAACUCGAACAAUCCAGAAAAAAAGAAGUCGAACUUGAAGCUCUAAGAGCAUCUAUGGAAGCAUUAGAAAUCGAUCAUAAAACAGCCACUACAGAACUACAAGAAAAACUUACAGUGAUGGCUAAUGAUCUAAAAGAAAUGACAGAGAAUAAUGAGAAGUUAAAACAAGAAAUCAGUGAAAAAGAUGUCGAAAAUAGUAAGGCUAAAGAGGAAUUGGUAGUGCUUAGACAGAGAAGUGGUGAUGAGUACAAGAAAGUAAUUGAGGAGAAAGAAGACGCACUGAAACAGUUAUCUGAACUUAAACAGCAGUAUCAACAAGAGAAAGAGGAGCAAAUUCGUUAUACUAACACUAUACAAGCCGAUUUAGAAUCAUUACAAAUGAAAUUUAAUGAUACUCAAAGUAGAUUUGAGCAGCAAUGUAAUAAAUUAAAUGAAGAAUUAUCUGAGAAAAAUGAACAGUUUGAAAGUAUGCUAAAGAAGAAAGAUAUUGAAGUUGGAGAAGUAGUACAAAAAGUUGUUCUAUUGCAAUCUAGUCUUGAUAACAUUAAAAGUAAUAAUAGUAAAUUAAUUCAAGAACAGACAGAAGAGAUAAUUAAUCUCAAAACGAACCUUACCGAAUUGACUCAAAGUAAAGAAGUAUCAGAUAACUUGGUUAAAUCUUUAGAAAUAGAAAUUAAGGCACUAAACGAUCAACUUGAAGAAGAAAAUCAAGAGAAAAUUAAGUUAACCAAUACACUUUCCGAAAAAAAUGAAGAGAUACGUGAACUAGAAAACAAAGUAAAAUCAUUACUAGAAGCUGAGAAUAUUAAAGAUGCUCAGAUAAACAAACUCGAACUUGAUAAAGAGCGAGAAUUAGAAGAACAAUUCGCAGCAGUCGCCAAUCUAGAAAAAAAUAUUCAAAAUAAAGAUGAUAUUAUAACGGACCUUACAUCAAAGUAUGAAGAACUUGCUGGCAAGUUUGAAAAGCAAAGCUUAGAAAUUGAAGCUAUUAAAAACGAACAUUCAAAUGAGAUUAAAAAUGUUGAGAAUAAACUUGAAAAACUGUCGGCCGAAAAAGAUGACAUAGUUUAUGAACGAGAUACUUUAAUUAAUGAAAAGCAGGUUUGUUUUUUAUUUUUAAUAGGUCUUGAAUCUUCAGUGACGGAGCUAGAGAAGUCAGAAGCAAACUUACGUGAUCAGCUUGAGCUGGUUUUAAAAACAAAUACUGAAUUAGAAACAUCGUUGAAACAAGAAAUAGAAAGUUUAAAAUCAGAAAACGAUAGCAUAAAAUCAGAAAAAGACAAUGAAAUAAAGAUAUUAACCGAAAAAUUGCAAAGCACUGAAGAAGAUUAUAAAACAGUUAUUUCAGAGAAAGAGGAAUUAAAAACAAAAAUAGAAGAAUUAGAGCAAUUAAUAGAGAAGGAAAGAGAGGAUCGUAUGUAUGUAAUAAAUGAGAAAAAUUCAGAAGCGCAGCUGACUGAGGCUAGAUUAGCGCACGCUGAAAGCGAACGACUGAAUGCCGAGUGUGAAUUACAGGACUUGUUGCAACAAAAUACGAUCCUGGAAGCGGACAUGGGCUCGCUCAAGAUACAGUUGGACGAGGCGAGGCAAGCCCUCAAGACACAGACUAAUAAAUUAGUGUCUUGUGCCGGUGAAACCGCUUUGGAAGUAACCAAUGGCGCUUUAUCUGCUUUUGAAAACUCAAACGCUCAAGACGCAAACAAGUUAGCGGCGGAAUUGGCUAGUAAAGCAUUCGAAGAACUCAUGAAAAAUAUACGAAUCGAGGGUAAAGAGGAAGAAGUAGCGAAAUCUGCGAUUUUUGCUGCUCACAACGCUGCAAAACUAUCCGCUUAUAUUAUGGAUUUGUCCAAUAUCACCACCGACAUCGAACUCGCAGAUAGUCUGCAGAAUUCAUGUCGCGAGCUGCUGUCGUCGUCCGCUCAGUGCCUGGCGGGCGUGGCCGGCGGCGCGCUGCAGGCGAGCGCGUGCGCGGCCGCGCGCGGCGGUGUGGCCGCGGCCGUGCGCGCCGCCGAGCGCGCCGAGCGGCUGGCCAGCGGGGCGCGCUGCGUGGACGACGAGCUGGCCGACAUGGACCGCGCCAUCGAAGCCGCUGCGGGAGAGAUCGAGAAAAUGUUAUUAGCCAGUAGGGCUGGUGAUACUGGAAUAAAGUUAGAAGUGAACGAGAAGAUCUUGGACGCUUGCACUACGUUAAUGGCGGCAGUCAAGAUUCUCGUCCAAGACAGCCGAAAGUUACAGAAUGAACUCGGAGACCCGAAGACUCGCCAGAAGAUGUAUAGACGAAAUCCGCAGUGGUCGGAGGGUCUGAUUUCCGCUUCCAAGGCGGUCGUGUUUGCAGCGAAAUUAUUGGUGUCGUCCGCGGACGAGGCGGUGGGCGCGGCGGGGCGCGUGGAGGGCGUGUCGGCGGCGGCGCACGAGGUGGCGGCCAGCACGGCGCAGCUGGUGGCCGCCUCGCGCGCGCGCGCGCCGCCCGCCGCGCCCGCGCUCGCCAGCCUGGCGCACUCCUCGCGCGCCGUGGCCGCCGCCGCCGGCGCCGUGCUGGCCGCCGUGCGCGGCGCCUCGGCGCUCGUGCGCGACCAGGAGGCGCUGGACACGUCGGCGCUGUCGCUGACGGCCACGCGGCGGCUGGAGAUGGAGAGCAAGGUGCGCGCGCUGGAGCUGGAGAGCGCGCUGGACGCGGAGCGCGCGCGCCUCGCCGCGCUGCGCAAGCGGCACUACCAGCUGGCGCAGCUGCAGGAGAACGAGAAAGUGACAAAUGGAGAAGAAUGAACAUAACACUAGAAACGCCAUAGAAAACAAUAAUACUUGAUGAACAUGACAACUGAUAAACAUCUUAACGCAUAUUAAUUUACAAACAUUCUAAAGAUGCAUUUGAAUUAUUUGCAACGAAUUUUUUAGCGAAAGUGAUGUCGAAAUGUCUCACUCAGUCCGUCUUCCUUUUGGAGAAGGCUCAAUUUAACAUACAUAAAAAAGUAGCUAUAAAACUAAUACAUACUUAUAUUGUAUUUUUAAUUUAAAAAAAAAUCUAA